AUGGCUAGGCUCUGUGCUUUCCUCAUGAUCCUGAUAGUGAUGAGCCGCUGGUCAACCUACUCUCUAGGAUGUGACCUGCCUCACCCUGAUAACCAAGGAAAUAAGAGUGCCUUGACAUUCCUGGAAGAAAUGAGAAGACUCCCGCCUUUCUCCUGCCUGAAGGACAGAAAGGACUUUGCAUUCUCCUUGGAGAAUAUGGAUGCCCAGCAGAUCCAGAAAGCUCAAGCCAUCCUUGUCUUGCGAGAUCUUUCCCAGCAGAUCUUGAACCUCUUCACAUCAAAUGACUCAUCUGAUGCUUGGGAUGCAACCCUCCUAGAGUCAUUCUGCAAUGAGCUCUACCUGCAGCUCAAAGAACUUAAAGACUGUAUGAUGCAGUACGUGGGGGAACAUGAACCUCCCCUGACCCAGGAAGACUCCAGGAUGGCUGUGAGGGAAUACUUCCACAGGCUGACGGCAUACCUGAGAGAGAAGAAACACAGCCCCUGUGCCUGGGAGGUGGUCAGAGUAGAAGUCUGGAGAGCCCUGUCUUCCUCUGCCAAGGUGCUGGCAAGACUGAGUGAGAAGAAGGAGUGA